ACGGUGGUCUUCUUCUGCGAUGAUCUGUAUUUGCGCUGUCAAUGAGUCUGCUCAUUUUGGGCAUGAUCAGUUGUGUCGUGUACGGUGUACCUAGUCACCCUAAGUCAGCCAGGCAAGCAGGUGCUGCCUAGCUGUCGUCGCUUCGUGUGUCAUUAAUUAUCUAUUUCUAUUUCUUUUAUUUACUCAAAUCUUUUUGAGCUAAAUCGAUAUUCUCGAUAGAGGCAACUAUUCUGUUUAAACAGAUUAUUGACCUUACCGCUGAGUCGGUACUGCUAGCCACCUACUAGCAGUCGUCAACCUCGAGUGAGGAAAAAUAUAAUGGCCUCCGAAGAAAAGCGCAUUCACAGCUCCAGGCGGCAUUCAACCGUCGUCUGGCACCGACUCCUACGUUCACUCAUCUACCUCCUCGCCUUCGUCUUUCUCCUGCUGGUAGUGAUCGGAAACGUCUCCAAUAAAUCCGUGCUUCGCGAAACAUAUUUCCUCAAACUCGAUACGACAAAUGUCAUACCGCAAUCGAUCCCGAACGCAGUGUUUAUUAACAGCAUCGCUCGUUCCCUCGGUCUGCAUGACUUCUAUCAGGUCGGACUUUGGAAUUAUUGUGAGGGAUAUGAUGAUACCGGUAUCACGCAUUGUUCAAACCCGGAAACGUUGUACUGGUUUGAUCCGGUGUCGAUUUUGUUGAAUGAGCUUCUUGCUGGUGCUACAAUCGCUCUUCCGACCGAAAUCACAGAUGCUCUGAAAAUCGCCCGAGUUGCAUCCCACUGGAUGUUCUCCCUAUUCAUCACCGCAACAGUCCUGUCAUUUAUUGCCAUUUUCCUCGCGCCCUUCGCAACAUCCAACCGACCUCCACAGUCAAUCUCCCCAGACGAACAUGUCAAUGAAGCCGUCCACCCUCACCGCCGACCAACAUUCAUCCUUUUCCGGGCUCUACCAAUGGCCAUCUUCACAUUUAUAAUAGCACUAUUCACCAUCGUAGCCUCGGUCGUUGCGACCGUCAUGUUCACUAUAUUCGCCAAUGUCUUCAUGAACAAUACCGCCGAUUUGAAUAUCAAGGCAUAUUUAGGAAAGCCUAUGUUGGCCUUUAUGUGGACAGCGUCCGGAUUGACAUUGCUUGGAUUUAUUAUCCAGGUGGCAUCGUGCUGUUGCGCUUGUUGCGGUGGACGAAAGGCUCGUAAACAGCUCAAGGCACAGGCCUCGCGUCGGAAAGAGCAGAGUUUGAGUUCUGGGGGUAGUGAGUCGGAUCCUUCUACUAGGAGACGGUUUCGAUGGGGGAAGCGUUCGACUUGAUUUAUAUUCAGUAUGGAGUAUAUAGAGAGGGAAUAGUAUUUGGUUUUAGUUAGAUAACGAUAUAGAUAUAGAUGUUUAUAACGAGCCUAACGACAGUCC